AUGACAAGCACCGAAGUCCAAGAUGUGCCUGUGGCCAACGGAGAUGUUGCGCCCACGGAGGCUACACCGGCACCAGUGAACACUCAGAUUGAGCCUACUUCCAACGCAAUUGACGUCGAACUCCCUACGUCUGCCGCCGACGGUCUCGUUCAGAAGCCUUUCCCUAAGCCGCUCGACGAAUCCAAGCCAACCCCACCCGCAGAGCUUACCGAAGACCAGAAAUCCAAGUACGAUGCCCUACUCAAGACUGCUUCAUCAUGGACCACAGUUGCCACCAAGGCAGAAAAGAAUGCCCCCACCGAACCCAUCACCGAAGACGAGCGCAUGUGGUUGACUCGGGAAUGCCUCCUGCGCUACCUACGUGCGACAAAGUGGAAUGUUCUCGAGGCUGAGACCCGCCUCCAGAGCACGCUUACAUGGCGCCGCGAGUACGGAUUGGCGAAGUUGACUCCUGAAUAUAUCUCAAUUGAGAAUGAGACUGGCAAGCAAGUCAUUCUGGGCUUUGAUAUCAACGGCCGACCAUGCCUUUACCUCUUGCCCUCCAACCAGAACACAGAGAAGAGCGACCGCCAGCUUGAGCAUCUUGUCUUCAUGCUGGAGCGAGUCAUUGAUAUCAUGCCCCCUGGUCAGGAGACCACGGCGCUUAUAGUCAACUUCAAAGAGACCAAGUCUGGCCAGAACGCCAGUCUAGGACAGGCCAAGCAGACGCUCAACUUCUUGCAAAACCACUACCCCGAGCGACUUGGUCGGGCUUUGGUUCUCAAUGUUCCGUUCCUCAUCUCUGGCUUCUUCAAGUUGAUUACACCCUUCAUUGACCCCAUGACUCGGGAGAAGCUCAAGUUCAAUGAGGACUUGCGUCAACACGUCCCCCGGAGCCAUCUCAUGAAGCCUGUGGGUGGUGAUGUUGAGUUCCGCUACGAGCAUGACGUCUAUUGGCCUGCUUUGAACAAGCUAGCUGGACAGCGCCGUGAAGCCUACCAUGAACGCUGGGUCCAGGGCGGUAAGCUGGUUGGCGAAUUCGAGAGCUACCUGAAGGGCGAGGAUAUUCCCAGCCUGUCUCAGUCCAGUGGCGAAGCCAAUGGAUCAGCCAAAUAG